AUGAACUUUGAUUUAUUUGAGGAUGAUUUGAAGGACAUACGCCCCGUUACUGCGGGGAUAAAUCAAAACCAAUUCCUUAGGUCAGAAGCGAAUCCUAGCAGCAAUGCUGCCACACGAACCUCGUUACCAGCCACAGCCGACACAGCUUCGUCGUUGCUGAAGGCAAUACCACCUCGUCCGGUAGCCGGCCGUCGAGCGGCAGCUGUGGCGUCAGCCUUAAAAUCGCCGUCUUUUCCCGUCGUAUCACAUAGUUCCGAUAAUCACAAGACCACAGCUCCGGUGCUGUUGAAUACCACGUCAUCCUCGAUGAUGGGGGCUGCUCUUGAGAUACCUAAAAGAACGGGAAUGGCAACACGUAGCAAAACUGCAACGCUAAGCGCCUCUGCUUUCGAGGAAGAGUUUGGUAGUAGCAAAGAACCUUUCGAUAUUCUGGGUUGGGGCAGCCCACCAGAAACGCAUAGAACACACCAUAUAAUCGAUACUAUAGAGCACACGGAGGUUGAUGCGGCCGCAGUGCAGCGUGCAGCCGAGGUCGAGAAACAGCGCACUGAAAUGCGAAGUUUAUACGCUUCGCUUGACGCCAUUAGCGCCGAAAUAAAGGAGUUGGAUGACAAGUUAGACACACGACAAGCUAAGGAAGAGGCUGAGGUUACUGAGUUGUCCACAGCGAAGAUAAUGAAAUCAAUUGAAUUGGAAGAACAGGAGCGUCAGUUGGGUGAGGCAUGUGAAGCGGUGCGGCGGGAGACGACGUGCCGUUUAGAUGCAAUGAGCGACCGCUACUCUAAGGAGAUGACCAGCUUAACGCAGAACACGCGCAUCGUGGAAAGUGAACGGUAUAAGAGUCAGCUUCAACACCUACAGGAGUCUUUGUUGGCGGCAAGCAAGUCCGUGACUGAAAUGCGCCACAAACGGGCACUUCUUAUUCGUACCGAUCCAUAUACUCCGAAAGGCAUCUCUCUCGCCCUUUCGGUGGCGAAAGAGGGUGGUGUAUCCGAGAAACAUGGAACGUACAUGCCCCAUCAGCGAGACGAUGACUCCUCAGCCUUUCCUGAAGCUGUGCAGAGUUCGAUGGAUUCCAGCUUGCCUGCUCCAAUUGCGACUUCGCCGUUUGAUAUGGCUACACAGCAGCAAGGGCAGAUAGGUUACCCUUUGAAGUCCAUAGAGGAGCCAAGCAGGAAUCAAGACGGGUCAUUCGAGUCUCUUAUUCACACCGCCUUGUCUAUUCUACAAGGCUACUAUGAUUCUCGUUUAGAUGCUAUCAAACAACACGUGGUCGAUUACAUUCACAACGAAACGUUCGAAGCGACACAUGCAGCCCGCACUCGUAGAGAGAAAGGCUGGUUUGAAAAUAUGGCUGAUCAGAAGCAACAGUACGGGGAUUACAUUACGAAUAUGAUGAACCGUCACUUUGCGUGGUAUUCACAAAGAGCAGCAUUAGGGCGGGAGAGCCUUGAAGCCCUGCGUGAGGGGGUCCGGAACGUAUCGAAUCAGCUUAAGGAGGAGUCCAAACAACGCCUUUCGCGGCUCACAGUCGAGGUUUCUGAUAAAGUGAGACGUGCGCUUGACCAGUUUGAGCAAAAUGUCUCAGAGGUCUACCAGGGAUUGGAGCGGCAAAACUUUCUUACUCGCGAGGGGGAUAGUGCCAUCAGGCAGGCUCAGGAAGCAGAGGUAGAAGGCCGAUGUGAAACUGAAGCUUCCGUUCGACGACAACUGUGGCGUGCGGAACUCAUUGGACUCCAGGAGAAUCUCACCAGAAUGCGUUCUCGGGUAGACCGCCAGACGCGAGAACGCUUUGAGAAGAUGCGUUUGGACGCAACGUCUGCAAGCAAUCAGUGUGGAAUAGGAUCUAUAGAGGCGCAGCUUAAGGAGCUCAAGGGACUCAUUCAGGAGCAGAUUUUGUCAGAGCAGUCGCAACGCAAGGAAACUGGGAUUAAUAUUUCACAACACCAUUCUCUGAUAGCAGAGACUGAGCAAAUAGUUCGCACCCUUAUGUAUACCGCACGGCGGCAGAAGGAGGAACUGGAUACACGUCAUCAGUGUUGUCAGGGACUACGUCAACGCGUACACGAAAAUUUAGUAGAGACUGUGGAGCGCCUACAGGCGGGCAGGCAGGUUCAGAGGUCGCAGCAAUCCAAAGUUGACUUUUCUCGCAGGAUGUGGGAGCGUGACCAUCAACAGAACCUUAGCGCGUCGAUACGCCUGGAGCUGCCAGUGCUUGUAUCUGCAUUCUCUACAACACAUGAGGAGUCGGCAGAGGAGGCGAUUGUAGGGGUCGAAACUCAUGCACCUUCAGGUGAUAUCACACUUGUGUAUCUGCUUCAGCUCGUUGCUGAUCGCUUGCGUGAGCGAGAUGCACGGCAUAAAAAGCUACGCACUACACACCAACAUGAGUGGGCAGCUCAGAAUAUCGAGCUAGCAUCUCUUGGAAAGCAAUACGAUGAGGUGUGCCAGCUUUGGGGCUUCAUAGCGAAUAUGUUUAACGAACUACAACGCACACAGUCUUCCCUAGUGUCGAAGCAGGUUGAAGUUCAUACUGAGGCUGCGCGGGCGAAGGUUGAGGGUGAGAAACUUGAAAAGGAACGGAAAGCAUUAGUGGUUCGUCAUGAGAAUCUGGAAGAGCGAAUGAUGUCUGCUAAAAAGGGGUUGAAUGCCGCGCUGGUUGUGCUGGAGCGUCAGAAACAACACCUCCAGCAGUUGUCCAAUCUACAACUGCAUCUUUUGCAGGGACAGCACCAUUUUCUCAAACAACAACAGCAACUACCACAACACGAGGCGUUCUCCCAGCCCACCAUGGCCACCUCGUAUGGAAGGAAACAGAAAAAUUCUUCCGAACAGGGAGCAAAGGUCAGGGGUGCUGUGAUGACGGCCCCGCCAAACGGCGGCACGACUGUAUUGGAUGAGGAGAAGAACACACUUGAUUCCUACGAAAUAACCCAGCAGCAUCAACACCAGCAAGUAUUUCACUCGUCUUUAUCAUCUGUGCUGCCUGCAUGGUCUACACAUCGUGCCAUGCGAUCUUCGUCUAAAGACAGCAACGACGACAAAGCACGGCUAGGCGGAUCAGCAACUUUAUGCGCCGAUCUGAAGGCUGUCACUCAGGUUGCAUCAUCCAUGGCCGUGUUGAGCCCCACUCUACAAGAUCUUACUCAUCUUCCUGAUUCUGCUGCCCCUCACUCCACCACACACGGAAAAGUAGUCGCUUGUUAA